UCCGUGAGAGGGCUGUUUUGAAACUCUUCAAACAGUGUACAGUAUAACAACACUGCAAUGAGUAACUGAAGUUGGAAAACGAAUCAAAGUAGUCUUUUUUAAUCAAUUAUCGCUCAACUUUCAACGUUGUAGGUAUUGUGAAUGGCACAGUUCAUAACACAGGGACGGUUGAAGCUGCUCUUCAGUGGUGACGGAGUGUCACUUGGGUUGGAACCCAAAGACCCAUUUCACUCUAAGCCCAGAUCAGUUCAAACCCAAGUGCGCAGGCUCAGGUUUCUUGGCUCUACAACUCGACUUUUCUCUUCUUCUUCUUCCGUGAACAACAAGUCCAGCAAUUUCAGUGCGGAGGCAAGCCUUAAUGUUAGUGAUGAUGAAGGUGUUUAUGAGGAGGAUGAUGGUUUUGUCUAUGAUGAUGAGUUUGAGAGGGAUGAUUUGUCCGAUUUCAGAGGGCUGGUCUUGGACAUCUCAUACAGGCCAAUCAAUGUUGUCUGCUGGAAGCGUGCUAUUUGUUUGGAAUUCAUGGAGAAGGCGGAUGUGCUAGAAUAUUAUGAUCAGACGGUAAAUUCCCCGAAUGGAUCCUUCUACAUACCAGCGGUCUUGAGGGUUCCCAAUUUACUGCAGGUUAUAAGGAGGAGAAGAAUUAAGAGCACCCUUAGUCGUAGAAACAUACUAAAUCGAGACAAUUACACUUGUCAGUAUUGUUCUUCACGUGAAAAUUUAACCAUUGAUCAUGUUUUUCCAGCUGCACGAGGUGGAGAAUGGAACUGGGAAAAUCUGGUUACUGCUUGUGCCAAAUGCAAUUCAAAGAAAGGUCGAAAAACUUUAGAGGAAGCAAGUAUGAGGCUGAUUAACGUCCCAAAGAUACCAAAAGACUAUGACAUAGUUGCCAUACCACUAACAAGUGCAGCGUUAAGGAUGCUGACAGUAAGAAAGGGGACGCCUGACGAAUGGCGUCAAUAUCUGUCAAAGCCCUACUCAGAGCCAUGAGGGUAUCAGUUGUGGCAACUGUAUAUUCCUGUGCUUUGUACAGAUUGAAUCUUCUUAUUCUUAAUGCUGAAGUCACCCAGAAGAACCUCAAAUUUUAUGUAUUCCAUUGCGGUGCAAGCAUUUUACUUUCUUUCCCUCAGAAAUUGUACUGAAUUUACACACAACUGAUUUCACCCUUUCUUCCAUACCAUAAGGGGAAGGAUGAUUGUGUGGAUCAAGACUGGUGAUAGGAUCUAUCCACUAUUAAGCAUAGGGGAAUAACUCAUUAAUUUGUGCCAGGACCGCGGCUACUUCCCUUCUACAAGCUGCAUCUGAUUCAAGUUGGUACAAUUAAACUAUUUGAUGAUAUUUCAUAUUGACUUUUAUUUAUAUAGAAUCUCUGACAUGUAUGGAUGCCAUUGCUCAGAAGUUCUUGCUUAAAAGGCAAUUACAAUUAAUUGUUCCCAUGGAUGUGAUGUUUUCAUUGAUUGAUAACUUGCAAGUACUCUGCUU